AUUUUCGAGAGGGAAGGAGGGAAACGAGCGAGAAAGGAGGGAGCGCGAAGAAAGGGAGAGUGUCGAUCAUGGAGGUGGAAGAGUUGCCAAAGGCGAAUGUGAAGAGGAUCGUGAAGGAGAAGCUUGCCCAACUGGGGAAGGAAGGGCAGGAUGAUCUCAACGUUCAGAAAGAAGCGCUUCUCGCCUUCUCUGAGAGCGCCAGGAUCUUCAUCCACUACCUCUCUGCUACGGCCAAUGACAUAUGCAAGGAAUCAAAGCGGCAGACUGUCAACGCUGAGGACGUCUUUAAAGCGCUCGAAGAAAUCGAGUUUCAGGAGUUCGUUGGUCCUCUUAGGGCUUCUUUGAACGCUUUCAGAAGGAAGAAAGCUGAUAAGUCCGACAAAAAAGCUAAAGAACGGAACAGGAAAAGAAAAUCGGAAGAGGAAUUGUCAUGCAACAAUGGGAAUGUUGCUGUUAGUGAAGAUGUGGAUGGAAGUAAUGCAGAAGAAGAUGGCCACAAGGAUGUGGAUGCUUCUCAUGAUUUGUAGCGGCUGGAAACUUGUGGAUCCAAACGGUUCAUAGUUUGGCAUCAUGGAAAAACAUUCAUGGUUAACACACAUUUAUCUCUUUCAUUUUCAUGUUCCAUGCUAAUGUAUCGUCCAGGUUUUGGUGUUAAGUUUGCGAAAUUAUACUCUGCACUGAAUAUGUGUACUAUAUCAUGUCCAUACCCUCAGCCAGUAGCGCAAUUUUUCCCUGCAUCUGUAAUAGACCACGUUUGGUGUAGCAGUCACUUUGUUCAAGGCAAGUAAUAAUCGUGUUCAUUUUUAA